UUUGCUGGCAGUGCUGCAAAUGGGCAAAUGCUCUGUGUACCUUCACUGACGCGUUCGCUGCAAAAGCGCUGGCGCUACGUCGACGGCGAUGCGACAGGGCAGCGUGUGCUAAAUUUUAGGCGGAUUGGCAGCCGUAUGCGUGAAAAACGCAGGCAAAAAUUAAUGCAAACUUAGCUAGCGGUGUAAGUCACUAGCACGCAGCCUCAAGUCCUCUUGCAAGCCGUACUCGCACUCUAAAAUUCGUCAGGCUUGCACGCAAGGCCUCAGGGACCCGCACUGCAGUGCUGAAAAACCGUGGAGGUUUUGAGCCGCGCGUAGACGGACAGGACGCUAGAAAAAAAAAGGCACAGGAGAGCUGCUCUCUCGUACAUUCCCCCGAGCUGCGAGGGCCGCUACCGCUGCGACGCUGCGAUGGAUCUCAUCUUCCACGGCCCCUUGGGCAUGGAGCUGUCCUUGGAUCGAAGCGCCGGCGUCCCACGGGUCAAGGCCGCCGAGCACGACAGCCCGGCGCUUCUUGUGGUCGGUCGCGCGCUGACGGCGAUCGAGGGUGUACCCGUCGGCGAGAUCCGCGACAAGAAAUCGUGGCUGGCAGUCGUCGCAAAGCUCCAAGCGCCGGAGCGGCCGCUGUCGCUCUCGUUCGAGGCGCCCGCGGCCCCGCCGCCGGAGGAGGAUCCUGUCGCCGCGGAGGAACGCGCGCGGGCGGAGCUCCAGCCGGUCGCGGAACGCGCGGAGUGCGCUCUGAGCACGGAACAUAUCGAGGAGCGGUUCCUCGCGAGGGAGCGGGCGCGCAUGGCCAAGGACUACCGCACCGCCGACGCGAUUGAAAAAGAGCUGACAUUAGCUGGCGUUAAUCACAACAAAGCCAGGUGGUGGAUACCAGGCACCAGUCGCGAGGGGCCGAUGCCUUGCGCGCGAGACACGGGCGCGUUGUGCAGAUAUUACAGCGCUGGGAGGCCUUGCCCGCACGGCGACCGGUGUCAAUUUUUGCACGCCGACGAUAGUAGACCCGGCGAGCGAGUACCCGUGGCUUCGUCAGCGCGGCGCUCGCGCUCGCGCUCGCGUUCGCGCUCGCCGCGGCGACGGCGCGAGACGUCGCCGCCGCGCCGCAAUCGCCACGACACGGCGCCACCGGGCCUGGGACAGCGGCCGACGAGGCGGCACCUCGUCUCCGCGGCGGAGUCGGCUCGCGUGCCGCAGCCACCGGUCGAGUCGGAGCCGGCGGCGCGCGGUCCGACCGGCGAUUACAUCAGAGAGCCACCCGAUGACGAUGCGAUCUUCGACAUGGUCUUAGCGCAAGAGUCAGUGCCCAAAUCCGUCCCCGGUAUUUGAAUUUUAAUCUACGCCACACAGGCGCGAAAAGGCCAGAAUUGCGAGAGACUACGCGACGGCCGACCGCAUGCGAGCCGAGAUGGCCGCCGCAGGCUUAACCGUCGUAUACCGCGACGCGACGGGCCGCCCCGACAAAAGCCGCGGGGCCGUGACGUGGUACACCAACGACGGUAGGACCGGGCCGCCGUCGCUCAGCACGGUCGAGAUCGAAUCACGCCUGCGUGCGUGGAUCAGGGCGCGCGACGUCGACCAGAACCAUAGUCGCACCCGGGACCUGCUCGCGGAGUGUGCAGCACGCGGCAUCGGGAGAAGCGAAAAUUGGAACAGUGCGGGCGGACAGUGGUUCACCGCACAUGGGCAGCGCGGUCCUAUGCCGUCCUUGGAGGGCGACACGCCGGCCGCGCCUCCGGUCCCGAGCGCAGGGCGCGGCGCGCUGCGCUGGUUCACUAUCGACGGACGAACCGGUCCCCCCAAAAUGAGCGAGCGAGAAAUCGACGCCAGACUUCGCGAGUGGGUGCGGGCACGUGAGGACAAUAUGCGCCUGAGCCAUGAGCUGCGGGCCGAUCUAGCUGCACGCGGUGUCCGCGUCGCACCGGGCCAGGGUUGGUACACCGCCGGUCCCAACGGCCUGUCUGGUCCGAUGCCGUCGUUGGACCGAAAGCGGUCGCGCUCGCGCUCGCCGCGCCGCAGUCGCCACGACACGGCGCCCGGGAAGCGGCCGCGACCGCCUUCGCCGCCGGGCCUGGGACAGCGGCCGACGCGGCGCCAUCUCGUCGCCGCAGCGCCAGCGCCGUCCGAGGCUUCGUCCUCCGACGGCUUCUAGCCGCGGGUUGAUUGUGUAAGUACCGUGAC